UGCUUGUCACCUACUCCUUUUAACUUCCCUUCUCUACUUCCCCUUCUCAAAUCAAAACGCAACACACCACCAACAAUUUCUACACAUAAAUUACAAAGGAAUCAUCUCUAUCUCUCUCCUCUUUUGUAUAUGAAACUCUGUAGAGAGAGAGAGAGAGAGAGAGCUUUGAUUUGCUUUUUCAAUGGUAUCCCACAAAUGCAAGCUCUGUUCUAGAGCUUUCACCAAUGGCAGAGCCUUAGGAGGCCAUAUGAAGGCUCAUCUCACUGCACCGCCCAAGCCUCCUCCGUCCCCCUCAUCCUCUUUUUCCGACCACGACGAAUCAACGCUUUACGAGCUUAGAGAAGAAAACCCGAAGAGGGGGGAUUUCAGAUUCUCAGAUCCUGUUUUCAACAUUGUUCUUCAAGAUAGAGAGAGCGAGACCGAAUCCAAAAACCCAACUCGAAAACGAUCCAAACGGUGGCGAAAACCGGAGGUGGAACUGGAAGUGGAACCCGCUAGCUCUGUUUCCGAUGCCUCGCCGGAGGAAGACUUAGCCAUUUGCUUGAUGAUGCUGUCACGUGAUCGAUGGGUCGAGAGUCAAAAUCAGAAUGAGGGGAGAUCAUGGUUUGAGGAAUUGGGGUCGAAGAUUAAAGUGAAGAAAGGAAUUAGAAGGAAGAAAAAGUGUGAGAAAUGUAAGAAACAGUUCCGAUCUUAUAGAGCUCUGUUUAGCCAUGAAAAAAUCUGUCAAUCAGAACAAGAAGAAGAAGAAGAAGAAGAAGAAGAAGAGGGAAACAGAAGAAGAAUCUUCAAAUGCCCGUUUUGUUAUAAGCUUUUUGGAUCAGGUCAAGCACUUGGUGGCCAUAAGAGAUCUCAUCUUGUGAGCACUACAAAUAAUUCCUCUGUUUCUUUGAAACUUCAAAUUAGUCUCAUAGAUCUCAACCUACCAGCUCCUCUCGAAGAAGAUGAUUACAGUGUAGUUUCUGAUGCUUAAAUUUUCUUAUUUUGUUAAUUAGUUCAAUGGCCUCAUUUUCAAUUUCUUUUUGGGUUUAGUUUCUUUUUUGGUAAAGGUGAAAAGAGAAAAAAAAGAGAGAAGGAACUGAAAAUUGGAAUCUUGGAAUUUUGAAUGGUAAGAAGAAGAAGAAGAAGAAGAAGAAGAAGAAGAAGAAGAAGCUAAGUGAAAGACUUGGUCUAAUGGGUAUGGUUUGAAUUGAAACAGACAUUUUCAAUUAUGAGUGUGUUCUUUUUUGUUUGGGUUUGACCAUAGAAAUGUGUUUACUUAGAGAAGACAGAAAGAAGAUGAUUAGGAAAAAGUAUUGUGAAAGGAAAGAUUAGUGCUGCUUUUGAACAAUUGUGGACCAAAAAUAAUAAGAACAAGAAAUUGUAGCCUAAACCAUUAGUUUUAGGCUAAAUUACAAAA